AAAGGGGGCAAAGGUGUUAGAUGCCAAUGCUAAUAAAAGUUUCAGGAGUUGUUUUACAGGUGUGGGUGUGUCUAAUAAAAGUUCCUGUAGCUGCAUGUGAAGUAGAGCUGCACAGUUUAGUUUAGGGAUGCACCGAUCCGAUAUCUGGAUCGGAUAUCAGCUCCGAUAUUGACAAAUUAACUACAUUGGAUAUCUGAUGAAUGACGCCGAUCCAGCGUUCUGAUCCAGUCCGAUAAACAUUUUAGCUCCAAACAUAUUAGCUCCACUAUAAUUUGUGGUGUCAGGCAUUAAACCUCAACAGACUGAAAUAAACAUUAUGCUGACCACGAGGGAAUAAUACUCUUAAGGAAAUGAAUCAAAACUUUUGUUAGAGGACGACAGAGACAGGCUUGGUACGCCAGGAAAGUUGAACUGCCGGACAAACAGGCUGCUGCUGGUCUUCUUGUAUCUAUGAACCAAUCAAACAUGACACUAUGUUCAUUCGGAGGGAGCAUCAGCAGCCAGCUGGUCUGGCAUCAGGACAAAGCCAAUAAAAGUGAGGAUGUAAGCAGCGGGAAAACAUCACAUGUGCGUUGAAAACAAAUCGUGGAUUGACAGAGUGUAAGACUCCGCCUAUUGAUCAAAGACCAUCCUCCUCCCUUUUGUCUUUCCUUCAGUUUGUUAACUUCACCCAAAGUCGCGUGCACUCUGCGCGAGACGCUCAACCGUUUUGGCACGCAUUCCUUUCGAGUCGUGGGAACUCGGUGCAUCGGGUGUGACCGAAUCCGCGAAGAGGAAGAGACUUUUCCCUCUGUUUCCUUCAAGUUUUGUUUCAUGGAUUUUUCAUGGGAAUCACUCGUGGUCAUCACGUCAGUGAGGUAAGAGAACUUGUGAAUCUUUCAGUUUCCCAAUGAGCAGUCAGGCUCACAGUCAGGGGGACACGAUGCUGCCCUCUAAAGAAAACAUGACAGAUUGUGAAACCCUCCUGUAUUAUCAAUGCAACAUAUCAUUGUGAAAGUGCGUGUUUUAGCCCACAGUGUGGUUAUGAUCUUACCCCAUGGCGCAUUCACUGCCUCUGGAGAAAUAAGUCACUGUGAUCGAGCUUUGGUGCGUGUAAAAUUUCCAUAUUAUUUGCGUUUUAUUGAGUAAAAAUACCCAUAGAGGCAGCACACAGAGUGUGAAGGUUACUCUGUAACUUUAGGAAAUAACCACACUGCCUGUCAAAGAAAAUUGGAAGGCUUUUGACUCUCUAGGUUCCCCUUUUUAUGUCGAAACUUAAGUCCGUCUUUUUGACUAGUAACACAAAGUGCCGAAAAGGGCUGUUCCCCUCUGUGUCAGCGAAGAACUGGCAACACCUUUCAAUUUUCAUUUAGGCUUCCUCCCAGACUCAUUAGGCAGCCUGUUUGAUUUUUAACUCAGACUAAAGAUGGGGUUAAGUGCCCACACACGGUUUUCUCACGUGCUUUUCAGCGUUUGACGGUUUGGACGGUUAAGACAACACUGAACCCGCAAAGAGGAAGGAGAGAUACACACACAGACACAGACACGCUACACGCUGCAACUAUGGGCUUUGCAGUUUCCUCCACUCACAGACCACAUAACUUCUGUUUGUUGAUAUGUCAUUUGUGCUUUUCUGAAAAGGUGUAAACAGGAUGCACUGGUAGUGUCUGGAACCACCCACAGACCUGCAUGUCUGCACACCUGGUUUAGGUUUUAAUGUGGUCAUUGUGGGGUCACCCUCACACUAGAUGCUGUGUAUUUCAGUGCACUUAGUCACAAACCACAGAUGUGCUCCAGAUAUUAUCACUACUCAGAAUUUUUAAGUGCAGAUGCGCUGUGGAUUAGGCUAUCAGUUGAAAGGUAUCUGAUAUGCUCCGUAUUCUGAUUCUUCAUAGGGAGUUCGUUAAACAGACAAAUAAAAGGGUUAGGGUUAGUUAAAUGUAAAACCAGGGUACAAUCUACCCAGUUCAGUGUGAAAGGUAUUCAUGUGAUGAGGUUUCUCUCUCUCUUCUUCUACAGUAAGCCGAGUGUCAGACUGAUGUUGGCCACAAGCUGUCUCACUCUGCUGCCUUCAAUUGUCUGUUUGAGAAGUGCAGGAAAAAAAGGAAAGGGAACUGUGGUAGGACUGAAGGUUAGUGGUAAAAUGCGUACAGAAUAGAAACCAUACAGCCUACUUUGGUUUCUUGUGUCUGGGAAAACAUAAAACAUGUAGGACAUGUGAGAACAGGCCAUGAUCUCUGAUCUGAUUUCAAGUGAGACUGAAAGCCCUUUAAUGUGAUGGUGAUGACACCUUCAGAAAUAACCAGAAUCAUAUACCACAGAUGUCCAGUCUGGAAAUUGUGGACUAGUUAUCUGAUCUAUUAUUACCUUUGCUUUUAUGAGAGAGAAUAGCUGAUAGAGACGUGGACUGCGGUAGAGCGAGAGUUGAGAUGACGUGCAUCGAAUGUUCAGUUUGGAAUUCAAAUCAGCGGGCAGUGAAUCCAGGACUUUGCCCCUGUGUGUGGGUCUUCUGCUCUACAGAUUAAGCUAUACUAGCACCGUAUCGUGCACUUCUGAUAUUGCACAGAGGUAUUUUAUCAAACUCAUGACAGGUGAUGUUGGAAUCUAUAAAGUGAGGUUUGGAUUUUUUAUUGUAACUUCUGGUAGAAAAUUCUGUCUGUAGCAAAUGUCAAACAUCGUCAAACUUGUGAACACACACUCAACUUUUAGGCAUUCGUUGCAUUCCGCUUUCUUCAUUGUGCUUCAGCUGAUGAGGCUGUAUGUGAUAUACAUGUGAUGAGCCACAAAAUUAGCAACAGUUGAAAAAACUGCCCUAAGCUAGAUGGUUGUCAAAUGACAAGGAAGUUUAUUCAAGUUAUCAAAACUACUGAUCACUCAAAGUAAUUCUGCUUGGAUAGUGAGUAAGAUGUUUGAGCUUCUAACCUUUGUUUUGUUUUGUUCUGCUUUCAGGUCCAGAGCCAUUUCAACACAUCAUCCUAGCAAAGUCACAACAUGACGAGCAGCCAGUCCGUUCAGAACCUUAAAGGUCCAUCUUUAGAGAGAAAGAUGCCACUGUAUGAUGGAACAAGACUAACAAACCCCCCAAAUAUGCCUGAUAUCAGGGAUAUGCAGACACUGCAGUACAGUGGGGCCUAUUUAAACUAUGACCCACAAGGAAAGGAAGCAGCAGGGUUCACUGCUCCUUGGAGCAACUCAAAGACCUCUCUGCACAUCGACAGAAAUCCCGUGAGUCACCUCUCAGGCAUGGAAGGACAAAACCACAUUAUGUACAAGCAAGACAGCAAAUCUUCAGAAGAAGGCCAAUCUCCAUCUCUGCACCAUCCUGCAGUAAAGCAAGGGUUUACACUUUACACUCAGAGUCCUGUGAUGGGCAGUCCUGUAGCUGCUACAGCAGUGUCAGGUAGAAAACAAAAAAAUGGAGGUGAGAAUGUAUCACCCUCUUCUGAACACCCUGUUUACUUUGCAAUACCUAAGCCAGUUUAUGGACUCAACCCCUGUUGCAAUGAACUCGGUUGUCUGAUGAGACAUCGAUACAGUGUCGAACAUGGCCCUCUGAGGAUACCAAAUACUGCUUAUGAGCAUGACUUAACACAAACGGAUGCCCACCGCACUGAAAGAGGGAAAACACAGGAUGCGCUUCUGCAGCAAAGAGGUUUACAGCUUGAGCCUGGUGCAGAAGCACUGAGGAUGGCAGUAGAGACAUACAACCAGAGCAAAGUAAGGACCUUUCCUGCUAUGACUGAUCCAAACUGCAGCAGCUACCCCUGCACCCUGCCUCGCACUCUGUUUGGUUCUCUGACCGAGCAGAGCCAGCGCUUUCAGACUUCCCCCAGAGUCUUCCCCAGUUUCUAUCCCUCCCACCCUGCGUACGAGCAUAUGACCUCAGAGGUUUAUCAGGAACAUUCUCCCAUGUCCAAAUAUGGUCAGCUAACACAGCACCCGAUGUUUUACUACCCCCAGGCAAAUCUGGAGGUAGAAAACAGGACACCGUGUAAAGACAUUGGCAGUAAACAGAGGGAAGACAUCCCUGUAGUUCUUAAACACACAAUCCCCAACCACAGGGAGCAUUACAUGGUGCCCCAGUCACUUCACAGUGCAUUUCCUCCACCUUUGUCAGAUGCAGCUUUGCAUAAUCAUGCUUACAUGCGGGGUUUUGACCAUCGACAUUAUGCAGCUUCUAGAUUUCACCCAAAUCCAAGUCACUUAAGAGAGAUCUUGAACUAUAAUCGUGUAAAUGGUUACCAGCCUAGUCAAUACCUCGAUCUCAUGCCAUCUGCAUCCAGCCCACAUAAAGACAAGCCCAACACAAGCCUACCACAAACCAGUGUGCCAUUUCUACAUGUGGACCGAAACAGUCCUCCCAGGCACAUCAGCCAACCAAGCAUCUCACCAUCUGUCAAUCAUUUAAACAGAUUCUUCCCCCCACCGUUGGCUGGCCUGCACAUAAACCGGUCUGUCCUUCCAUUGACUGGCUUGAACAUGGACAGACUGCUGGACCACUCCUCUUUUGAAGCCCAGAGUAGAUGCCCUAUGCAAGCAAAAGGCCCUCUUGUUUCUCCAGGGCCGUUGCUGCCACAUGUCAAAUCAGGACAAAUCCAUGCAGCUUUACCAGGUGAUGAACGAGUCCCCAGACUAGUUUCUCCCUCUGCUGUUGCACCAGGAAAAAAAGACAAUCCCAUUCUUGGUUCAAGCUCUACCUCCAGAAAAGGGUGUCUAAAGAGAAGUUCCUCACACUCAUCUUCCUCAGUGAAAAUAGAAGAGGAGGAUAUGGAAGUAUGUGAGAUCGAACUCCUCAAGAAAAGACAAAAAUUGAAAGUAGAGAGUGAAAAACAAAAAAUUAAAACAGACUCUCCUCCUAUGCCAGUCAUUGACAAUGUCUUUAGUCUGGCUCCUCACCAAGCAUACCUCCAGACCCCUGGACUGCUGUUUCCCAGCAAAGUGUCUCAGAAGAUCACACAGCCAUCUGAGCUCAGGGAGGUCAGAAACAAACCAGAUAUCAAAGCAAAAAAGCCAUGUGGAGAUGAACAGCAGCCUGUUGUCUGUCUGGUUUCCAGAGAAAUGGACAGACCUCGUCCCAAAACCACUAAACCAACUAACAUUAAAGUGGAAAAAGUCCAUCCAUCAGAUACGGACAUCUCUGAAAAGACUUGUGUUAGCCCAAAAGACUGCAGUGAAGUAAUAAUCAAAAAAGAGCCUGAAGAUACUGGACCACCCAACAUGAAACCUAUGUUGGUGAUAAAGAAACUUGAUCUUGAUGAAUAUGAACAUAAACCCCCACAGGAGGAGCGAAAGGUAACUCCUGAAGCACCUGAACCUCAGGUGGAGACCAUUACAACAGACGCUUCCUCUCUGGGUGAUGCAUCAGUCCCUCAACCAACACCCUGUACUCCACCUCAACCACCUGUGAACAGACUGAAAUUUAAAAACAUCCCUCCCCAGUGCCUGAAACUCUCCAGCUACAGCAUUAUUUUCAAUGGAACUAAUGAUUCCUGUCCUGGUAUACCCUUAGAAAAAGCAUCUGUAGUACUAAAAACUGAAUUUGUUCCAAAGGUUGACCCCCAAACACCAGUCCGCCAGCACUUUUAUGAGUUGCACCAGUCUCUCUGCAAGCUCAUAUCUAAAUCAGUGCAGGCCUCUUCGGAGCAGGAUCUCAAUACCUGGUUGUCUCAGCUGGAACUGAGUGAACCAGCAUCCCCAACAACAAAAGUGAAGAAGGUGUCUUGUCUGUUGGGGAUUAAAGCCAGAGAGGUUUGGCUCAACGAGGAGUUGAGGUUGGCUCUCCAAAAGCUCUUGGAGAGAUUGAGAGAGUACAUCACCCAGGAACGCUGUCCUUUCCCACAUGUCAUGCGGGCUGGUGCGGUGUUCCUCCCCAUGCUGGUGUUGAAGGAGCUACUUUUUCCAACAGUCCAGGGCAGUUUCAUUGACCAGGUCUUGCAGGAGCACAAAGUGGAGCUGCGACCCACCACGUUAUCCGAAGAAAAAAUUCUUAUUCAGCUCCACAAACGGGCCUGCUCAUCCAAGCUCAGGAGACUGAUGUCUCUGAAACACCUGCCUGACAUCUAUGCAGAUGUGCUCAACCUGAUGUACUACACCUGUGUCUGCAAUCACCUGGGUGAGUGCAUGUUUAUGUCAAAGUUACAGGUAGAAAUGUAUCUGUUAGAGCAGUGGAUAAAAGAAAUGAAGGAAACUGUUAUUGCAAUUUUACAUGACAGCUACUUUCAGGUGUCGCUCAAGUUUUUACUCCUGUUAUCAAGCCAGUAGUAUAAGAGAUGCUUCAAAGGGUGAUAGUUGUAUUUACUGACCCUCAUGGGGAAAUACAAGUAGUUAGAGAACUAUCAGUGAAUCAAUUAAUGUCUAAGAAAGAAAGAGAAAGUACAUGAAUUGUAGCCCUUGGUUCUGCGUAUGAAGACGGUGUCCUUUUUAGGGCACUUAACGAAACAAACUGGUGAUUUUGUACUUCUAGUCAAAUGAUAGAAUAUUGAAUCUUUUUUGUGCCCAGUAAAAAAAAGGUCUGUUUGCUUAGCCAGUCAUUCUUUUUGUUCCGCAUUAUAGUGCAAAUACAUCAGUCUAUGUUGAGGUAAAUAAACUGGAUUUAGAAAGAUCAUUUUGAGGAAGAGGGGUGGUAAUGAAAUGUAAUGAAACUGAAUACUUCCACUUGAAUGCAGGUUAGUAUUUCUUGUAGAUACUCAAAGAGAUUACGUGACAUCGUCUUGCUUGUGAGGUAUUUGUAGUGAAAUGACAUGAGGUGAAGUUUAUGGUGCCUUGGGCUGUUUACCAAAAAUUCCCUGAGAAACUUUAAUGGUAUGUGUUUGUUGUGUCUCCUUAAUGGUUCCUCGUCCAAAUGGUUCAACUGUUUGGUGCUCCUAAGGUCACAUGCCAAAGUUAGUUCCAAACCAGAUGGUAAAGGAAGGUCAACUAGAGGUCAAGAAAUGACGAUGUAAGGGGAGCUUCAUCUCUAAACUCUAUAUAAGUGGGGCACAAACUGAGAUCUUGAAGAGGGACAUCAUUGGCAGUCGUCUCCCAGCAUCUCCAGUGCUGAUUUGACACUUGUGUUGUCUUUGUAAUAAAUUUCUAAUAUACAAGCAAGCCAGUGUCACCAAGUCUCCUCCUGCAUCUACACAUCACGGACGGGCGAACAAGAUACAACACUUAUAAGGUUAAAUUUGAUUACAAAGACAAUAACGGUAUCGAACAAGCACUGCAGAUGCCGAGAAACGACGGUUAAUGAAGUCCUGCUCACAGAGCACCUCUAGGGUUAAAGGGAUAUUUCGGUGUAAAACGAAGUUAAGGUCAAACACACCGUAACACCGAGUAAGACACCCCCUCGAGGGAUGAAUGUUGGCGACCGCUUGCUUCUCAAGUUAUACCAACUUAAGUAAUGACCGCACGAUGGCAAUACACGGCAGUCUACGUCUCCAUGCGUUAGCCUCAACCAAAAGCCACUCUAUAACCACAAAUAAUGCUCAGAACGUCACCUAAUUUCAUCAACAGUACAAAUAUACAUAUUACUAAAGUUGAUAUAACAAGAGAAGCAAGCAGUCGGCAACAUUCAUCUCUCGAGGAGUUGUCUAACUCCGUGUUACGCUGUGUUUGACCCUAACUUCAUUUUACGCUGGAAUAUCCCUUUAAGAGGUGCUUACAAAUUACAUACCAACUUCUUUUUACAUCCUGAUCAGAUUAGAACUGGACUCUGGCUGUACAUAAUGAGAUAAUGUCACAACCAAUGAUACAGGAAACAGAGAUCUUAUGUGGUUUCAAGACAGAUACCUCAUUAUCAAGAUGAAAACAAGGGUGUCAAAGUAGGUUAAGAUAUUUUGAACAUUGUAAUCACAUCAAACCGGUCAAGCUGGAUUUGAUUCAGGGAUCACACAGUCAGAGGUUUCUAGCAGUUUGAAUACGUUUUGUUUCAUCCAUUUAGUAAAGUUUUUGAGUUGUGUAGCCGUACAAAGAGUUGUUUUUAACCUCAGUCAUGCAAAAAGGAAGUGUUAUGAGUCAUCCUUUUUUUUUUCAGAUUUGCUGAUACUAUUCAUUGGCACUGCAACGUAGAAGUUCCUCAGAUUUUUCUCAAAACCUGCUGCACAUUUUUGUUUCAUGAAUAGUUUGGGAUGGUUUACACAUCAUCCAUCUGUUAUGACUGCAACACAAAAGAAUCUCCUGCUUUUUCUGGUAUAUCUCUGGAAUCCCAACACAGUGUGAUAAAGUUGUUAUACGGCUUCAUGUUUUGGCUGUUACAUGUAUCAUUGUUGGACCUCAAACACUCCUAGCUGUCCGUGUUCUUCAACAUUUGCCUCUCUUGAAAUGGACCAAAAAGGAAUGGCAUAUAAACACAAGUUUUUGAAUAUACAAUCCAUUUAUUUUUUACAGAAUCAACCUCAUCUGAUGGCCUAAAGAAAGUCCAGGUAUACUUGCUUUUCAUGUUGACCCUUAAUCUCACUCCUCUUUGCUCUUUUGAUUAAAAAGCAGAGCACUUCUGCUACAUUUCAGUAACCACAAUAAUUUGCAUGACAGAAUUUUUACUGUUCUCGGGUUGUUGAGGAAAAAGUUUAAGAGCUGAGUAACUUGCAGAAACAUGAAAAGCAUAUUUCAUGCUAGUUGGUUGCAAUAAUAAACUUUUUGAGCAAGCUGUUGGCUCACACUUUAGAGGAAGGAAGUGACAGUCUGCCACGUAUCAUAUGUUGCAGAAGAACUUUAGUUGACAAGUUCGUGUUUCCAGAAAAUUAUUCAAAUGUUUUGACUUAUCACUUCCCUCAAAAGCAUCUUUUGCUGUUUGGAGACAGAAGGAAGUGGGGCCUAGCUAAUGUGUGAAACCAACAAAGAUGUCAGUUUGGGUAAAAAUGUUCUAUUUUUUUGUUGCCGUCAACAAAUCUCAUGAAAAGAGCAGAACUGAUCAAGUUUUUUUCCAUCUAUUUUUCAUGUUUUUUUCUUUUUGAGGACUGAAUUCCUGGAAAUGUUUUGAUGUCUGUUACGCAGUUUAGAAAAAUUCUCAUGAUAUCAAUUGUGUAAAGACAAACUGGAUUCAAAUUGUCCUUUCUAUUUCUCUUAAUUCCCGUCACCACAAUGAGUUUAUAUCACUGUUUGGCCUGUAUGAUGGCUCCUGUAGCUACUGUGAGAAAGAGAGAGGCAGUGGUUGGGUGAUGAAGAGGGGAAACGAAGAGAGCUAGCGCCUUCAUUUUUUUUAAACUUUGGUAUCAAGACAGAUAGUGUUAUCUUUCUUACCAGAACCACAUGAUAGAUAAAAAAAACCGAAGUCGAUAUUUUUGAUUUAACAAAGCAUAAAGCUUGACUUUGAAAUUUUCAGUAAAAAUAUGUGACUAUGUCAAUUCAGUUUGUAACGUGGCUCAUGUACCAUGACAUGUAUCCUGUGCUGUUGUCUAGCUCUAGUGUUUGUUUAACUGAGUAUUUUGUAUCAUGCGGGGUAUUUUGGAUGUGAUAGCAGAGAAAAAUAAGUCUUUAAGGCUUUAUCAUCAUGAGCGAUAUUCAUUAAAAGGAACAAUUAUUUAUUUUUCUUUCUGUUCUCUUCAUUGUAUGCGUUGACGUAUACCAAAAAAAAGAAUCACUUCCAUUUCCUCUUAGUCAACUUUACUUUCAUAUGUCACGUUCUUUGAUUUUACUAAAUCAGUUCACACGGUCUGGAAGCACCUAGAUACCCGUUAUUUAUUUCCCCUCUGUCUCUAUUUCAAAUGCUGUACCCCUCACUCAUUGCAUCCCUCAUCACAGCUGAUUCCCCCCCCAGCUUUUGUGCAUUGACUCCCACAGCUUUCUAUUCUGUCUCUGUUAAAAAUGGUGUUUCAUGCUAGAGGAUCACGCUAACAAAAACGUCUGCUGAUAUUAAUAGAGCGGUGUCUCAUGGUUCUGGUGUGCUGAAUAAGCGCUAUGGGAGCAUUGAUCUGUAGACCUUUGUAUGGUGGUGCUGGACUCUGCGGUUUCUGGCUUGCUUUUUAGGAGGUGUCUGUUUAUUUAUACUUUUACGCAACACCCUGCUGUAUCUAAUCAAAUGUUAAAUCUUCCUGUAACCCUCAACUCACCUUCCUGUUUUUCAGCAACCUUGUUUCUGCAUAUUUUGCAUGUUUUUAUAUUUUUUCAUCAGCGCUUUACUAAUCGCUUUAAUCCCUGUGUUGCAGGAUUAGAUGUGGACAGUCCUACCAAUGGAGAAAAAGAUGAAGGUUUUGAAGAAGCUAUCAGCUACAGAACACGUGUACCUUCAGAUAUCAUGGUGUCACCAGUCUCCCCUGCUGAGUCGCAGCCUCAGAAACACCCUAAUGACCAGGAAACUAGCAUGGACAGAAAUAGAAUGAAAAGCAGGGUGAAGACCUGCUCGAGACGAAGGUUUCUCAACAACAGUUUGUCAGAUGAGGAGGAGGAGGAGGAGGCAGAUGACACAGAAAAGACGGUGAAGGGAGGCUCUCCAAAUGUAGUUGCAGAGAAAGAAUCUAACUUUAUUGGAUUAAGCUCAACUUCUGAGAAUUCAUGGACUUGUCCCUUAACCUUAGACGGACUUUCUUCAUCUCUGACAGACACAGAAACCGAAAUCUCCUCAAGCGCUGAUACUCAAAGUGCAGGACCAGGCAAAUCUUCAAUAAGAACCAAAAAGUGUUCAGGUGUGAUUCUUAAGCUCAGAAGAACAUUUGAUAAAGAUCUAGACAGAAAAAUUCCCUGCUACAAAACCAUAUCAGACUCGGAGACUUUCCCCCAAGUGGAUGAUGAGAGUAGAGAUGUGAGCAGCAGCAGGGUGAAGCUCCGCAGGAGGACUUCAAAGAUAACCCACAGGUGGCAGAGAACAGGAAACUUCUGCCAUGCCUUGAGACCCCUGGGGUGCUCAUCUAAAGGAAAGUACAGAUCAUUUUUAAAGAUCAAAUACUGCCCCUACCUGUCAGCCUGCCACAGCGCUGAACAUAGGAGGCGGUGGGUGCUGCGAUCUGCUGUUCAGACAGCUCGCAGGGCCAUGAGGUUCUACUAUCCAGACCUGGUUGGGAAAAGGAUUCGACAUCUGUAUGAAGAAGAUGACAAAUCUGAAGUCUGGUACAGGGGAGAGGUGCUGCGAAUCCAUGAAGCUCAUAAAAACCCUCUGAAGACCAUAUUUGAGGUUAAGUAUGACAGCGAGCCGGAGUGGAUUUACUAUCUGGAGCUGCUGAUAGAUUAUAAGAAAGGCUGGCUCAAAAUUGAGGACUAGUUUUCCCACUCAUGUUGGUCACAGCUCUGAUUUCACUGGCUGUCUAAUUAUUCUCAUAUGACUUGCCAACAACAGGCUGAUAAUAAGCCCUGCAUAUCUUUUUCUGACCUCCUCAGGAAUGAAGCUGGACUGGAUUUAUGUUUGAGCUGAGGUCAAGUUCUUCACCUGAGAGCUACAGGUUGCAUUUUUGGAAAUUUAGCCUCGGCCAACAUGCAACAGCAGCAUCCUGUAGAUGUUUAAGCGCUUGUCAUCUUUGAAAUGUCAACCAAUGGCCUUCAAAGUUUAUUUAAUAAUUAGAUUUUUAAUGACAUGAGAGAUGUUAAACUGUGUCUCUAAACCUAGAUAAGCAUCUGUAAUGUUUGAUUGUAUAUCAGACAGUGGGCCACAUGUAUGUUUACAGCGAUAGAAUACUGAUGAUGGUGGUUUACUGUUAAAAGGGCUUGUUGGAGGUUGGGCAGACAUGAAUGAAGAACUCUACGGAGCUGCUUAAGGGUCAUUUUUAUGAAGCCGUUGUGCUUUUAAUCACUGUGAACCUUAACACUUUUCACCUCAAGUUUUUUAUAUGGGUUUUGUAUAAUUUUCUAAAACUUGAGUAUAAAAAGUUGUUUGAAAAAAACAACAAAAAAAGAAUUUUUACUGUUAUCUUAAAUAAAUUUUUGUAAUAAUUCCAAGUUUUGUAUCUUUUGUUUUCUUUAAGACCUUUCAAAUAAGACUCUUAAUUAUAUGAUCUUAUUUUUCCUAUGAUCACAUUGGUGACAGUUCUAUAGAGUUAUAAAUGACUUCGCCCCCAUCAUGUGGCGGGACACUUUGUUGCUCAAGUCCUUUUAUAAACCACACAAAUUGCAGUUCUCUUUAAAACCUGUAUUCCUACUGUUUUUUUUUUUUUUUAGCAUUUUAGUAAACACCACAGUGCAUACUAUAUUUUCUUAAGGACAUUGUUCCAAAAAACAUGAAAUACUAAUUGUGGGGCCUUUUUUGUCUAAGUGUGGUGGCUCCUGCUGCAAUAAAAAGUUCAUUUGAUACCAAACAACCACCCAUUCCAGAAUCAUGUUUGCAACAUUUUGCUCUUUAAUAUUUAUUCCAAAACAGACAACUAGUUUUUCCCACAUUUUCACACUAACAGGAAAUAAAACAAAUCUGAUAGAAUAAAGAAAAGAUAUGUAGAAAAGUAUUAAAAGUUUUUGGAUGUCUUAAUGUAAUGUAAGUAGCUGCUUCAGUUGCUUCAAACGUUAUGUCCAAAUGCUUGUGAACUACUAGCUGACACGAUGAAAACAGAGUGAGCCCUGGAGAGAUUAGCCUUAUGAUCACACAGCUAUAGCUGUGUAUUACCUGCAAGGGAGCUGAGAGGAAAAAAGCCCAUCUUUUGUUUUUAAUCAUUGAACAGGCGUCAUAGAUCGGUUACUUAAGAAACAAAAUGAACCCAGACGUGACAUCAUACAAUGGACCAAUUGAUCUUUAUCAUACAAUCUGCAAGUAAAAGUAAAAACGGAAAUUUUUGAAAGUGAUUCAAAUGACCCAAAUUAAUUUCACUCAAUCCCGGAAGACACAGCCCUGCCAAAGUCUGUUGUACAGUACAUUGCAAAAUACACAGCGCAGAAAUGCAUCAAAGAUGUUUGGGUAGUUAAUAUGACUGAGACCAAACCUACUCUAAUGACUCACACAGUACUCCCAAAAAUGAGAUUUCUCAUGACAUUUAUUCAAAUAAACAAUACAGUUUAUAAUCUGCUAGGAUAAAAUAAUAAGUUUGAACACAUAAGAAGCAUCUGGGAGAGAAUACCCCAAAGAUCUGAAACUGGGUUAAAGGAUGUGUUUUAAUGAAAGCUGACACUUUGGUGUCAUCUUCUGACUUGCAUCAGUGCCUAUUUAUUCAUGUUUCCUCCAGUCAAUCUUGUGAAGACCGCCAUACUUCAGAGACAUGAAUGAGCAUUUACAAGCAGAGAACUUGACACCCAGAGCAACCACCACAUUGAACAAUGCAAACCUGGAGGGGCACUGACAUUUCAAUGUCGAAUGCUCAACCCAUGUGCGAAAAAUACAGUCUUUAAUGCAAAAGCAUAACAAUGUUAUAAAACAGUCCUACAACCUUUAGAAGUUUGCCCUUUAUUCCUCAUCUGCCUACGGAUCCUGCAAGUCAAUCUGUGAAGUGUGGUUUAAAGCAAUGUUCAGUCUCACUGCAAAGAAAGAGAUCUCUUCAAAGAGGCAUGGCCACUAUCAGCUCCAUACCAUUCCAAGUUCUCCCUGCAAGAGUGAUGCAAAUGCCUGAACCUGUUUGACAGUGAUCCAGUCCAAUUAGCAGCACUACAAAGCAGUGCUGGCAGUACAUUCUAUUACCCUCAUUCAAUCCCCAAGGUGCAAGCUGAGCUUUAAGAGGGCAACCUCAAGCCACAUUGGGAAAGAGAGAAAAAAGAAGAAAAAAAAAAGAGUGAAUGUCACUCAGUUUGGCUCUUGCAAACAAUUAGUAAAGUUCUUCAAUGUUAAACACCUCUAAAAACAACUAUUAGGGUACAGAACAGGUUAGAAUUGAGGGACACAGGGCCGGAGAACUCUACCUUACCUCUGAACUGUAAAACUUAUUUUGCUCUUGGUUUUCUAUAUCAUCUGUGCACUUUAACCGAGUCUUUUAUCUGAUCAUUUGGCAACUAAGAGAUAUUCUUUCUAUCAGUCCCCAUUUAGAGUUACUGAUAAAGUGUAACUUGUGCACUUCUCUGACGAGACUGGGGAUAAUAGGGCGAAUGCCUUAUUGCCAAAGACCUCUGAGCUCCCUACACACUAUGGAGGGAGUAGACAGACUCAACCUACAUGGCAAAAGUACACCUUUUCAAUAUUGGUAAAGAAUAAAUAUUCAAAAUUUCAAAAUUAUGCAAACACGUGCCACUCUUGCUCUUGAACUUCCAUGCAUAUGGACUAUUUACAAAUUGAAAAAUACAGACUUACUAUUUUGUUCUUUUGAUGUUUUUUUUUCUUCUUCCCCCCUGAAAUGUCUUUGCCCCUUUGCAAUCAGCCUAUCAACACUCAGCCACCCAAGACAAGGAUUUCACCACAUAUUGCAGACAUGGCCAGGACAAUUAAAGCUGUGUUGAAAAAAAAAAAAAAAAAAAAAAACAUUUCCACACUGAUGGGAAAACAAAAGUCAAAAUCAAAACAGAAAAAAGAUUCACAAGCAAAAAAAAAAGGAAAAUAAUAUCAGGUCAAGUUCAGGGGAGGUGGUACAAUAAAAGCCAAAAGUAUGUAUUUGUUUAAGAUGGAUUUCUGCUUUCUCAAGACUCCACUCUCUUGCUAACAAUACUGUAGUACACUCUCUUUUAUUACUCUACUUUUUAUUUAAAUAUAAUUUACUUUGAAGAUUUUGUUAAACAAAUCCAGGAAAAAUGAUGCAAAAAGUGGUUGGUUUGCCAAAGAGAGGCGGCAGAAGGCCCGUGCUGCCCUGUUAAAUUGCAUCAGCGCUCUAGUUUGUCAAGAUACUCAAGAGUCCUUUGCAUUGGGACGUGUCCUCAAUCCUCAAUGUACUCCCACAGGUCCUUCUCAUAGCCUUCAUGGACGUGCUGUAGCAGCACUCUUCGCCUGCUCUCACAGUAUCUAAAGAAACAAAAACACUUGUUGGAACCCAACAACAACAACUACAAAAAACAGCAUUUAAAGGUAGGACUCAAAUCU